AUGAGCAACCCAUCAGGUACUGAGUUUCCAUUUUCAUGGCUAAGCUUGGCAGGUAUCAUUUUGCUGCAAACUGUAAGUGGCACCCGCUCUGCCGACUCCGCUCUGGCCCAGCAUUUCUGCAUCUCCCAGGUGCAACUCAACUAUCUUAUUGUUGCUCUGGACAUCGGAAAGGUCCUAGGCUGGUUCUCAGGAAUCGCAGCAGAGUAUCUUCCUACAUGGAUGAUCCUAUUCAUCGGUUUGAUCAUCGAAUCAGUUGGGUAUGGGUUGCAGUACUUGUGCACUGUCAAAAAAAUCCAUUCACUGAGUUUCUGGCAGCUCUUCCUGCUAAAUGUUCUUGCAGGGAAUAGCAGUUCCUGGAUCAACACUUACUGUCAAUUAGUAGCAACACAGAAAACAAAAGAACAUGUGACGGUUAAUGCACUAACAUCAAGCUACUCUGGAUUGAGUGGAAAGAUAUACACUUCUUUGGUUGAAGGAUUCCACGGGAGGAAAGGUUCUCAAAAUCCCAGUUCCUACCUCCUCUUGAGCUGCAUUGCCCCAGCCAUAGUAGGGUUAGCUGUGGUUCUGUUAAUCAGCUGUCCUAAGCUCAUUGAACAUGGAGAAAUAAGUACCUUCCCAAUUGUGUUUGUAAUCGCUAUUGUGACUGGAGUCUACUAUAUUAUUGAAAGCACAAUACCACCCUUCAAUAACAUGUCCCCACAGUUACGGGUGGUGCUUUUACUGUCAAUGAUAACGUUACCCCUUGCUGUGCCACUGGGUAAGAUUUUACAUCAGUUUGCAUCAAAGAAAUGGAACUCUAGGGUGAUGCCCGAGAAUUCUCAGGAUAUCAGAGAUGGGAAAGUGGGAGUAAGCAUUGACAUAGCUGGGGAAAGCAUGGAAGAAGAGGUGGUAAAUAUUAAGAUGGGAAAUGAGCACAAGUUGAAAGAGCUAGUGAUGAGUGUGAAUUUUUGGUUGUAUUUUUUGGUAAAUGCAUGUGGGCCAACGCUUGGAACAGUUUACCUGAACAACAUAGGGCGUAUAUCUGAUUCCUGGGGCAGCCACGGAGCACCAUUUCUUGUAUCAAUAUCCUCUGCAUUUGUCUUCUUUGGAAGAAUUCUCUGCAUUGUGGUUGGUUGGUACACGAGGGAAAGAACGAUGGUACCCAGACCAGCAACAAUAAUGGUCAUGAUGAUUCCCAUGUCUGCAUCAUUCUUCUUGCUCAUCAGCGAGAGCAACAUAUGUUUAUACGUUUGCACUGUCACCCUAGGAACCUGUUCAGGUGCCAUGACUGCCAUAGCUGCAACCACAACUUCAGAGCUGUUUGGGCUCAACAAUUCACGUGUAAACCACAAUAUUGUUCUCACAAAUAUCCCCAUUGGCUCCCUGCUAUUUGGGUACUUGGCUGCUCUCAAUUACGAUCGAGGUGGAGGCGGAAAGUAUGGGAGAUGCAAGGGCUUCAAGUGCCAUCGCAACACCUUCAUCAUCUGGGGAUCCAUUAGCUCUGUCGGGACAAUAUUAAGCAUUGUCCUCCGUCUACGAACACAGAAGUUAUAUAUUCAGUGA